AGAAGAGGGAGGAAGUCAGUGAACAGAAGAUAAAUGUCCGAGAAAGGGAGGGAGCAGAUGAAGGAGAUGACGGGGAAAGAGAUGGAGAUGCUGAAAAGGGACAGAACGAAGAACAAGACCAAAGGGGAGAAGAGGCAGACGAAAACGAAGAUGAAUCGAAAAGAAAACCGGCUAAAACGCGUCCCUUGAGAGAAGCUGAUGGGGAUGCUGUCGAAAUUAACGGCAUUGAUGGGGAUAGUGAAAAGAAUGACGACGAGGAGAUGGGCCGCAAAGAAAGGCACAGAAACAGAAACGCAGACAAUGACGAAAAUAGAGACAAUGACGAAAAUAGAUACAAUGACAGAAUCGACACAGGAAACAGCGAACGGGAAGGCGCGGAAAAUUCGGCAGGUAGCCUGGACGAGUCGAACUUCGGUCGCAACAUCUACGCCAGGGCCGAAAACGGGGACAUGGUCAGGAUCAAGCUCACGGCGGGGGGCGAGACCUCGACGUCUGGAGGUCAGGAGGAGAGCGCCCCGAGAGACCAAGGAAAUAAAAAGGGCGGGAAAGCCUCCGACGGGAAAAACAGCAACAACAACAACAACAACAGCGACGACCAGAAGGCUGCCAAGACGAUGCAGGGGAAGAGGAAACACGGCGACACUGAUUCCACUCCGAAGGGACCCAACAGAAGCAACGCCACUAAGAUAAAGACCAAGGCAGUCAAGGGAGGAGACGUGGGCGUGGCCAAGGAAAAAGUGGGCGGGGCCGAACGUGGACGGGCCAGGGCAAGGAGGAGAAACACCAGAGGUUCAGUUACUGACAGCGAAGGUGACGCGGACGGACCAGGUCAGUCGCGAAGGAACAGGGUCCUGAAAAGCACUAAGUUCUGGUCGACGCAAGUGUUGACCCGCAGCGCUAGUGCCAGCCAGGUCACGGACCUCGGUUCCUACGCCGAAAAUCUGGCGGGCGACAAGGACAGGGGGCCCAAAGUCAAACGCUCCGCCAGCGAGGAGCGACUUGGGUAUGAUCCCUGGCUCUAUGCCCCGCACAAGUGGUACUACGCUCGCAUAGCAAGGCCCCUUUCAGGAGAGGAAGAAUCGGACGACACUUCUUCAGGAGAGCUAGAGGACCGUGAAGCCCGUCUGAAGGCCCUCGAAGCGAAGAAGCAAGCCAGUCUAGACGAUGGCGGCAGUGUCGAGGGACUCGGACCUGGCGUGGAUAUUCUUUCCAUGGAAGGACCCCUCGGAGGUCCUCUGGCGUCCCUACAGGAGGGCGUUAUCAGUGGGUUCCAGAUCAACUCUGGAGAUGUUGAUGAUACUAACGAGAACCCUCUUGGGGCCUCCCGUGACCACCUGACCCUGACCUACGAGCUACAAGUGGACGAGACGGGCAGCAGGAUCACGCAGAUCGGCCGAGUACCCGGAGACGGGAAAGGCGCCUGGGAAUCCGAGGAAGACGGCGGAGGAAGCCCUAGCGGCUUGAGGGCCGACGCUGACGAAGAGGACGCGUCAGCAGUCACCGACGACAGCGACGGCGCGCGGAGGAAAAAGGGCGCGAAGCACAGUCGAGGGAAGUCUCAGGACCGGGCGACGCAAGAAAAGAUAUCAGGUCGUCUAGCUCAGGUGCUGAAGGAGAAGGCGGAAGCAGAGGAGAUGAGACAGAAGCUCUUCAGUCAGGCCAAAGAUCUUCACGAAGAGAUUCUUCGAGUGAAAGAGAAGCGGCGCGAGAAAUGGUGGAAACAAUACAACGAUUCUCGCAAAAUAGGCACCCAACUAGAAGAGCGCCAGUCAGCCUACAGAAAUGAACUGGAUUCUUUACAUAGGAAGAUUAUUGGCUCCAUUAUCAGGAGACAGCCUCUGGUCACAGGUGUCAGGGAUGAACCCUCACGAAAGGCCAACUACAAAAUCUCUAUCAUACGACUUAGACAUGAAGUUGAAGAUUUGAGAAGAAGAGUUGAAGCCAUGGACAUUAAGGUAGAAACUGAAGUCCGGCUACGGAACCAAGCCGAGAGAGAGCUCAAGACAUUGAGACAGGAAGUCAGUAGAAAGAAAGCAAAUAUGGCCAUCUCACAAUCUAGGGCCUCUCUCCUGCGCACUGCCACAAACUUCCCAACAGACCUCCUUGUUCGGAUGUAGGUUAAGAGACCUUCUAGAAAUUAAUCCACGAAUGGUUGCUCUCUCAAAUCUAUGCAGAAGCUAUUAACCCCUAACUUCCUUGCUUAGAGUUGUUGAGGAAGAAGUUUGUACUUUGAUUAAAAUAAGACAAAGUGCAAAAACCAUUCGUAAUGGCCAUGGCAAUAGAAGGUUUCCAUGGAGUCCCUGAGGGCAAAAUAAAAUGACAUUUACAAAAGUAUGGAAUACCAUUGUUGGACAGAUGAGAAAGUAUUACAUAAUCAGGUAAUGUUUUUAAACAAUAAUGAGGCAAUUCAGUGCUCAUGGUAAUUAGAAAUGGAUAGUAAUUGCGUGGUGUUGAGAAUAAUGAGAAUGGAAGAGAGCAAAAUUAUACUGGAAAUGUUAGAACCUCUUGGUGCCUUACGUAAAGAACUGUAGCUAGAUAGAAUAUCCUCAUGUAUGUUUAGUUUCAAGGUCAUUUUGUGCAUUACGCACUAACCCUGUUUAAUCAGACAACUUUUCCAAGUGAUUGUACAGUACUGAUGCUUGUCAUGUUGCAGUGUCUACUUCUGCUUUUGGAGGAGAUUAAUGAUAUGGGAAAUACUGGAGUACUUGUACAGUUUAAUUUAUAUAUUAUGGUUUUAAUAUUUCAGUUUCUUGUUUGCAUAAUUUUUCACCCUGUGGGUAACUAAGCUGGAAUUCACCUAUGUAUAUAUUAUUUUGUUGCAGUGUCAUGUGGAAAGAAAACAUAACGUUAUUGAAUAUUAUGUAUGUACGUAUUAUCAUAUAACUGUAAAAUACAUACAACCAUAUGUACAUAAAAUAGCAAUUAGAUACAUAUACUACUCCAUUGUAAAAAAUAGCCAUAUGUACAGAGAAUAUUAUCAAAAUGCAGUAUCAGAUAUACUAAAAAUUGUACUUAAGAUUUUGAAAAUAUUGUGCUAAUGGAACACAUUUGUUCAGUGACAAUAUUUUUUAAUAAAAUUAUAUUCAAAAUAUUUA